AGCGCCCCCUAUACACACAGUAAACAUAACUCUUUUGUUGUUAAAUAUUGGAUUGAUCUGUUGCUUAAAAUUCAAUGUUGUUUUAUCAAUUGAAAUAAAAUGUAUAAUGAUAAGGAGCAUGCCUGACACCAAGAAUGAACGGCUACAACCAGGUGGAGCUAUUUCCACAGUUCCAAGUGUUGGCAACCAAGACUACCUAUCACCAAUGUCUGCUCAGCAAACUGUGUCAUACGGGGAAAUUGUUAUACUUGGCUACAAUGGGCAUUUACCACAAGGAAACAAGGGUCGCAGGAAAAGCAAAUAUGUUUUAUACAAGAGGCAAAAAUCAAAUGGUGUCAAACCAUUUAGAAAACACAUAGUGAAAAAUCCCCAUUCGUCAAAGGCUGUACAAGAUAGUCACCAGCACUCAGUGUCCUAUACACUGUCUAGAAACCAGGCUGUGAUCGUGGAAUACAAGGAGGAUCCUGAUACAGACAUGUUCCAGAUUGGUCGAUCGUCGGAAGACCAGAUAGACUUUGUUGUCAUGGAUACGGUGCCCGGAAACCAGCGACAAGCCAGCGACAGUGUGGCCCAGUCCACAAUCUCACGGUUUGCCUGCAGGAUUUUGGUAGAGCGUAACCCACCAUACACAGCAAGAAUAUACGCUGCGGGCUUCGACUCUGCAAGAAAUAUCUUCCUAGGGGAGAAAGCAGUGAAGUGGUACUCUGGUGAGGAAAUUGACGGACUGACCACCAACGGUGUGUUCCUUAUGAAGCCCCCGGGCUCCUUUUCACAUUCCACGACUGCAGGUGUCUGGCGAGAGGUAUCCGUGGGGGGCACUGUGUACGCCCUUAGGGAGUCCCGCUCUACCCCGCACAAGAGCAAUCAGAUAGUGGAGGAGAACAAUGUGUUGGUAGACGGGACCCUGAUAGACCUCUGUGGUGCUACGUUGAUAUGGAGAUCGGCAGCUGGACUGUCCUCAUCUCCAAGUGAGCGUGAGUUCGAGACAAUGGUUGAUGACAUCAAUGCCGGUCGACCCCAGUGUCCUGUGGGCCUUAUGACCCUGGUGCUACCCAGAAAGGGGACCCUUGGGAUCAAUGACAAGCAGCCCUUCGUGUACACCAAGUGUGGUCACGUGCAUGGCCAACACCAGUGGGGCCAGCAGGCAAAUAAUAACGACGAUCGGACAUGUCCCUUAUGCCUGACAGUGAGCCCGUUCAUCAAGCUGAAGAUGGGUGCAGAGCUGAGUCUGUACCUGGACACGGAGCACCCAAACUACUGCUUCAGUACCUGUGGACACAUGGCCUCUGAGAAAACAGUCAGAUACUGGUCCCAGGUUGCAGUGCCCCAUGGUUGCCAGGGUUUCCAUCCAGUCUGUCCAUUCUGUGCCACGCCUAUUGAAGAGCCCAGCUUUGUGAAGCUGAUAUUCCAGGACUAUACCGACUAAGCUUUUCCUGAUCCACCGACCAAAUUUGUGAGGGAAUCGGGUUUUCAGAUGACAGACCAGACAAGUGUCGUUUUGGAAACCCAGAGACGCUGUUGUUAACAAAAAUACCAAUGUUUGUGAUAACAAUUGUUUAUUUUGAUAACACGUCAAUUUUUAAAUCCUCCUUGAAUUAUAGCUUUUCUAAAUAUUCACUUAAUAUAAAUUUGUUCUUACAUAGUUAGCCUUCAUAGGAAAGGUCAUUCUAGAAACGAAAGAAAAAAAUUGUUUUUAGUCGUUAACCAUAGUUAAUUAAAUAAUGUUUGAAGUUACUUACAAUUGGAUCCUGCAUGUUACUCUAGCUUUGGUUAAUCUGGAAAAAUUAGGCUUAAUGCAUGUAUGUAAAGUGUCAUUCGAGAUUAUUCUGUGCAGUCCACACAGGCUAAUCAGGGACUGUCUGAACAAGAUUUUGCUAAGAGACUUCGUUUAAACAAAAAAGAUCAUAAAAGCAGAAAAUGCACAUGCAUUAAACCCACUUUUCGCAGAGCGUGACUCAUUUAUAAUACUGUUAAUAAUCCUUUCAUCAAUCCAUGUUAAUUAUAGUGGAUUUAUUAGUCCAGUAUUGAAUGGAUAGUUUCAUAAUUGUCAUAUCAUUCGUACCCUGGUGGUUAAUGAAAAUGCUCAAUGUUUUGAACAAAUGUGAUUUUUAUGUUCCCUUAAAUAAACGUGAUAGGUCAUUUUAGCUUGUUCUAAGAAAACUGGGCUUAAUGCAUGUUUGCAAAAUGUCAUCCCAGAUAAGCCUGUGCAGCUGAUAAGGGACAGAACUCUCGGCCUAAAUGAGAUUUUUCUUUAAUAGAAAGUUCAUUCAAAUGAACAUUUCUUUAACAGUGGAAAGUGUUGUCCCUGAUGAAGAUUGUACAGGCUAAUCUGGGACGACACUACGCAAAUUUAUUAAGCCCAGUUUGUUCAGAAAAAGUCUCAAUUAUUUAGUUAUUAUGACUUAUUCAGACUCCACAACUAUAACAAUGUAACGCUAAAGUUGAGACUUGAUCUGAGAUUUAGUUCUUUCUAAGAGAGCUCAUGCUAUUAAUCAUAUUUUUAGCUCAUUUUUUUUUUUUUUUAAUUAUGAGCUUUUGUAAAUCACCUUGGCUUCGGCGUCCGGUUAAGUUUUGCGUUUAGGUCCUUUUUUUCUCAUAAAGUAUCAAUGCUAUUGCAUUCAAACUUGGUACACUUACUUACUAUCAUGAAGGUACUGGGCAGGCAAAGUUAGAUAACUCUGGCGUGCAUUUUGACAGAAUUAUGUGCCCUUUUAAUACUUAGAAAAUUGAAAAAUUUUGGUUAAGUUUUGUGUUUAGGUCCAUUUUAUUCCUUAAGUAUCAAAGCUAUUGCUUUCAUACUUGCAACACUUACUAACUAUCAUAUGGGGACUUUGCAGGCAAAGUUAUGUAACUCUGGCUGACAUUUUGACAGAAUUAUGUGCCCUUUUUAUACUAUGAAAAUUGAAAAUUUGGUUAAGUUUUGUGUUUAGGUCCACUUAAUUAGCUCACCUGUCACGAAGUGACAUGGUGAGCUUACGUGACCGUGUGAUGUCCGGCGUCCGUAUGUGUGUAUGUCUGUGUGUCCGUCAACAAUUUGAUUGUGUAGACAGUAGAGGUCACAGUUUUCAUCCAAUCUUUAUGAAAUUUGGUCAGAAGGUUUAUCUUGAUGAAAUCUGGGUUUGGGAUUGCUUUUGGGUUAUCUGGGGUCAAAAGCUAGGUCGCUAGGUCAAAAACUAGGUCACAUAAUAGGUCAAAUAAUAGAAAAUCCUUGUAUAGACAAUAGAGGUCGAAGUUUUCAUCCAGUCUGUAUGAAAUUUGGUCAGAAUGUUUAUCUUGAUGAAAUCUAGGUUGGGAUUGUAUUUGGGUCAUCUGGGGUCAAAAACUAGGUCACUAGGUCAAAAACUAGGUCAAAUAAUAGAAAAACCUAGUGUAUACAGUAGAGGUCACAGUUUUCAUGCAAUCUUUAUUAAAUUUGGUCAGAAUGUUUAUCUUGAUGAAAUCUGGGUUUGGAUUGUUUUUGGGUCAUCUGGGGUCAAAAACUAGGUCACUAGGUCAAAAAGUAGAAAUACCUUGUGUAGACAGUAGAGGUCACAGUUUUCAUCCAAUCUUUACGAAAUUUGGUCAGAAUGUUUAUCUUGAUAAAAUCUGGGUUGGGAUUGUAUUUGGGUCAUCUGGGGUCAAAAACUAGGUCACUAGGUCAAAAACUAGGUCAAAUAAUAGAAAAACCUUGUGUAGACAAUAGAGGUCGCAGUUUUCAUCCAAUCUGUAUGAAAUUUGGUCAGAAUGUUUAUCUUGAUGAAAUCUGGGUUUGGAUUGUUACAAGUUGUUUGUGUAGGCAGUAGAGGUCAUAGUUUUCAUCCAAUCUUUAUGACAUAUGGUCAGAAUGUUUAUCUUGAUGAAAUCUGGGUUGGGAUUGUAUUGCGGUCAUCUGGGGUCAAAUACUAGGUCACUAGGUCAAAAACUAGGUCACUAGGUCAAAUAAUAGAAAAACCUUUUAUAGACAAUAGAGGUCACAGUUUUCAACCAAUCUUUAUGAAAUUUGGUCAGAAUAUUUAUCUUGAUGAAAUCUGGGUUGGGAUUGUAUUUGGGUCAUCUGGGGUAAAAAACUAGGUCACUAGGUCAAAUAAUAAAAAAAAACUUGUGUAGACAAUAGAGGUCACAGUUUUCAUCCAAUUUUUAUAAAAUUUGAUCAGAAUGUGGGUUGGGAUUGUAUUUGGGUCACCUGGGGUCAAAAACUGGGUCACUAGUUUAAAUAAUAGAAAAACCUUGUGUAGACAAUAGAGGUCACAGUUUUCAUCUAAUCUUUAUGAAAUUUGGUAAUGUUUAUCUUGAUGAAAUCAGGUGAGCGAUUCAGGGCCAUCAUGUCCCUCUUGUUCCUAAAGUAUCAAAGCUAUUGCUUUCAUACUUGCAACACUUACUAACUAUCAUAAGGGGACUGUGCAUGCAAAGUUAUGUAACUCUGGCUGGCAUUUUGACGGAGUGAUGGGCCCUUUAUACUUAGAAAAUUGAAAAUUUGGUUAAGUUUUGUGUUUGGUCCACUUUACCCCUAAAGUAUUAUAGAGAUUGCUUUCAUACUUGGAACACUCGCAAACUAUCAUAAGGGGACAGUAAAGGACAAGUUGCAUAACUCUGGUUGUCAUUUUUACGGAAUUAUGGCCGUUUUUGACUUAGUUACAUUGAAUAUAUGGUUAUUUUGUGUUUAGAUCCACUUUACUUCUAAAGUAUCAAGGCUAUUGCUUUCAAACUUCAAAUACUUUCAUGCUAUCAUGAGGGAACUGUACCUGGCAAGUUAAAUUUUACCUUGACCUUUGAAUGACCUUGACUCUCAAGG